AAGUCAUCGAUGACCAAUCUAAAAAUAGAUCGAUCACAUUAAAGGUAAAAUACCAAUCCAUGAAUCUUUAGUAUACACACGCAAGAAGAAGUUUACGGCUGUAAACUAGGAAGUGAUACAGAUAAUACAGAAAAAGCAAUUAAGUUACCGAGAUGGAGAAAGGUAGACCUGGUGUUACCGAGGAUCUAGCCACCCUCGCCAACCUCGACGGCAAGGUGUUACUGAACGAACUCAAAGUGCGAUACAUGGAAAACAAUAUCUAUACUUACGUUGGAGAUAUUCUUGUUGCGAUCAACCCUUACAGACCACUACAUAUCUAUGGAGAACAAGAAACACAAAAAUAUUAUUUGGAAAAGAAAAGUGCAAAUCCUCCUCACAUAUUUGCAAUUGCUGACUCCGCAUAUCAGUGUAUGCUUGGAUAUGGUGGACGAAUUCCUAGAAACCAGUGCAUUCUUAUCAGUGGGGAAAGUGGAGCAGGUAAAACUGAAAGUACAAAGCUGAUCAUUAAACAGCUGAUUGAGUUAUGUCGGGGAAACACUCAACUAGAACAACAGAUUCUACAGGUCAACCCAUUAUUGGAGGCAUUUGGAAAUGCUCGAACAGCCAUGAAUGAUAAUUCCAGUCGCUUUGGGAAAUACAUCCAGCUGUUAUUUUGUGAUGGGCAUGUGACUGGUGCCAAAAUCUCAGAGUACCUAUUGGAAAAAUCCAGAGUGGUCCAUCAAAACAGGGAGGAGGAAAACUUUCACAUAUUCUACUACAUGUUUGGGGGAUUAUCUGCAGAGCAAAGAAAAGCAUACAACUUACUACCACCUGAAAAACAAAGGUACUUAUCAAAUGGGGCUAAUUGUCUGAAACGAGAACCCACCCACUUUAAGAAGCAGUAUGAGGAGUUGGUGAAUGCCAUGGACCUGGUGGGCUUUACAGAUGAGGAAGAGGAGAAUCUGUUCAGUAUUAUUGCAGGUGUCCUUCACCUGGGAAAUGUGACCUUUGACAUGGAUGAUAAUGAUGCAUCUUUUGUAGAGGAUGAAAAUGGACCCAUCAAAAUGGCUGCAAAAGUCCUUGGAAUUGGAGGAGGGGAGUUGAUUGGUACUCUGACAAAUAUGGUGACCUUCACAAGAGGAGAACAAGUCAAGCGGCACUACACAAAGGCUAUGGCUGAAGAUGCAAGAGAUGCCAUGAGCAAGUCCCUGUAUGGCAGAUUGUUUGGAUGGAUUGUCAACAAAAUCAACCAACUCCUGGCUCAAAGGGAACAGUCUGGCAAUGAACCAAGAGAAAUUGGUAUACUAGAUAUAUUUGGUUUUGAACACUUUGAAAAGAACAGUUUUGAACAAGCCUGUAUAAAUCUGGCAAAUGAACAGCUACAAUUUUUUUUUAAUCAGCAUGUAUUCAAAAUGGAGCAAGAGGAAUACAUAAGAGAAGGGAUUGAUUGGAAAGAAAUUAAAUUUGUAGACAACCAACCAUUAUUGGAUCUCUUUCUGAACAAACCUAUUGGAAUUUUAUCCCUUCUAGAUGAAGAAAGUCAUUUUCCUAAGGGUACAGACCAGUCUCUUGUGGAAAAGCUGAACAUUCACUUUGGUGGGAAUAGUUAUUACAGAAAGUCAGCUCAAGCAAACUCCCGCAAGUUUUCAAUCAACCAUUAUGCAGGAAAGGUAACAUAUGAUGCCACCAGGUGGCUGGAGAAAAAUCGAGACACACUUCCACCAGGAGUGAUAGAAAUGUUACAGAGCAGCUCAAAUGAUCUUGUUAAACUCAUCUUCAGAGGACAGAUCACCAGGACUGGUAGUUUAGCACUUCAAGCAAGGAAAUCCACUAGAACAACUAGGCGGAGCAAGAAGCCCCCAGCAGCAGGUAGUCAAGGUGGAAGGAAGAGGAAACAGACUGUAGGAGGACAGUUCAAGACAUCCCUGGGCAUUCUGAUGGAGAGAAUGAUGUCCUCUUCUCCAGUUUUUGUACGCUGUCUGAAGCCUAAUCAUGUUAAAGUCCCAGGAAAAUUUGAUGAAAGCUACAUACAAGACCAAUUGUUAUACACUGGUAUGUUGGAGACAAUUAAAAUCAGAAGAGAAGGGUUUGCAGUAAGGCCAUCCUUUGCUGAGUUUGUAGAAAAAUACAAAAUUAUUGUAUGUGAGGCAGCAUUACCAGGGACAAAAGAAAAUUGUUUUAAAAUUUUAAAGGCAAGCAAAAUAGCAGGCUGGCAGAUCGGCAAAUCAAAGGUUUUCAUGAAAUAUUAUCAUUUGGAACAACUUUCAGAUGUUCUAAAAACAAUGGGUGUUUCUGCAAUAAAAAUUCAGAAAGUGGUAAGGGGAUUUAUUGGUCGUCAGGAAUACAAACGAAGGCUUGCUAAAGCUAAAAAUGAGGCAGAAAGAUUAAAGCAUUUGGCUGAUGAUAUCUAUAACCUUAAUAUUCAUCUAUGUAAUCAACUGCAGAUAGCGAAACAAAAUGAUGUAAACAUUCCAAAUAGUUUUUUUGGUGUUCAUGAUGGCUCAGACCUUCCACCCAUACCUGAUUUUACUGAUGUUCACUCUGUACAAAUGAGUACCAGGAGUUACGAAAAACCAGCACCAAAAAAGACCUUUCAUGAAAUGGGCACCCAGGCAGAGGCAAGUUCAUCAGAUUCAGAAUAUUCAGAAGAUGAAUUCAAGCCUGUGUCCUCCCACAAUUUUGGUACCCCAGGGAACAGACAAGCAACAGUACGAUGGUUCAAAGAAACUCAGACUCAUCAGGUCUAUGAUCCUGUCAAUGCCAGUGGCAAUUUUAUUGCAGAGUGGUUUCAUGGCGUUAUAAGUCGCAGAGAGUCAGAAACCUUGUUAAAAGGAAAACCCAAAGGUUGUUACCUAAUUCGAGUCAGUGAAAGCAGAUUUGGUUACACAUUAUCUUUCAGUGGGGGAGAUCGAACAAGGCAUUACAUGAUUGAUCAGCUUCCAAACAAGAAGUACAUAAUUAUUGGGGAACCUAAAGUCCACAGGAGUCUAAGGGAUCUGGUGGAAUAUCAUAAAAAUGUUAAGAUAUCCAACUGGAAUGGCUACAUUACAGAACCAUGUGGGCAGGAGCAUGGUGUGUGUGACUACCAGGAAUUGGUCGGAGACAAUAUGUACUUCCAACUUGAAGAAAACUACCAGAAGAAAUCUAGUCAACAAUCUUCAAGAAAUCCGCAGAGAAGAGGUGCAUCUCGCACAAGCCGAGUCCCAGAAAAUCAGGCUAGCAACAGUCAUGUGACUUCAAAUGACUCGGCCCCUCCAGUCCCAGAGCGUAGUUACUCUGUGGCUAAACCUGUUCAACCACAGGCUUCAGUUAUGAGUAACCGCCCCCUUCCAAGGAGACCAGAUGAGGCAUAUCAAAGGCUUCUUAAAAACCAGACCAAACAGCAUGAGUAUCACUGAAGAGGCGGCAAGAAAAUUGAACAAUGAUCAAUACUUCAAUGUUCAUUAGGGAUCCUGAGAGAUUUUAAAGAACAGAUAUCAGAGACCUUUCUAUAUCAUAUCACAGCUCCCUGACAUAUCAAAUGUUCCAAAACAAGUUCGUGAUUUUGUCUUGGGUUUGGUAUGUUUCAAUUAUGAAAUAGCUUCUUUUUUUUCAAAUGUUAAUUUCAUGUUUAACAUGAACAGAUGUAUUGGUUACAGCGAAGUCCUGGGGAUCUCAUUUUAAUUUGUUACAACUGUAAUUCGUUAUAUAUGUCUGUCAAACAAAUUAGUAAAACGUAUAUAAAGCGAAUUUCCUUGUGUUUACUAAAUAUGCUUGUUGAAGUAUUACACGUAAAGACAAAAUAUACCCUGGGAAACUAAAAUAAUCUGUGUUCUGAAUUCUCUUACCUGGUAUAUAAUACGAACAAUAAUGUCAUUUUUUUGACCUUCAAAAUUUGUUUUGAAAGAUGUGAAUUUUGUUAUUGUCAACCUCUCUAGGACAAGUAUCCAUAAAUUCGCUACAUGUAUAUCAGUGUGUUCGUUUUAAGCGUAAAAUUUUACAUGGAAUUGUUAGGAAUGCUCCCGAGGACUAUAAAAAAACUUUGCUAUAUCGUAAAUUUACUUUAUCCAUGUUCAUUUAAAAGGAGUUAUUCUGCCUGUCUACAUUUAAAAUAAAUUGCACAUUUUCAUUUAAAUGUGUAAAACUGGUUUAAAGGGCAUAAUUUUAAUACUUAAACCUUCAUAUCAUUGUUAUUUUAUAAGGGUAUGCAAAAU